ACAGAGAAGGCGCACGACUCUCUGGCUCCGAGGCAUCCGCUGACGGUGAGACGAGAGGCGCCGACUUCUUUGAGGCUGAUCGGAGCCCUCGGUUGUGCCGGCGCGACGUAUGAUGAAAUGCGAAGCUUGCACCGCCGCUCACCAGCCACCAUCACGUGGUGCAGCCCCGUCUCCUCCCGCCCGAAAGCUCGCGAUACUCGGGAGGUCCAGGCGCCAGGCGUGCCGGCCAUGUCAAACACACCUUCUCCUCAUCCGGCAGCGUGCGCGACCAAAGAGCCAAUGACCUCGCGCAGCGACCGCCAUCGUACUUCGCAUUCGACCCUCCAAAUUGGCACCACCCCAGGGGUUCCCCAAGUCACACCCACCACACCACAAGCAACGGCCAGACAGCGUGGCGGCAGCCCUCGGCUUCCCGAUAGGCUUACCUUCAGCCUCGCCUCUCUUGGCAGCAGAGUGUGGGCUCGGGAGCCACUCAGCGCGCUGCAAUAUGCCCCCUGGAACGCUUGGCGAAGUCUUAGGCUCCAAGCGAAUCUAUCGUGAUUCGAUGGGCAGCUGAGGAUACGAGCGAGGACAGCGGUCACCGACCGCAGCAUAAAAAUAGGCAAACAAUAUACGAGGAUAUAAGGCGGGCGAGGCUGCUGUUCACCGGCAGUGGCUUUUGUGCGCACGACCUCUGCGACGACCGCAUUCGAUUCACGUCACCCUCGAACGCCC